CCUUGGCGCGGCCUGAGGCAGAGCGAGAAGCCGCCAUGGCCGGGAGCGAAGCGGCGCUGAGGCGGGCGCUUGAGGCCUUGGAAGUGCUGCUGGGCAGAACCGGGGCUGCGGGGACAGAUUCAGGCCGCCGUCCCCAGGAAGCAAAGCAUGCUGAUCUGGUGGAAUCCUUACACUUCAAGUUGGCCGUUUUGGAGGAGAAGUUUGCUCAGGACCCGCAGUGGGAUGAAUUGCGGCGGUUGAGAGAGGCGGUCUCCCAGCAGGCGCGGUGGCUGGCCCCCUGCCCAGAGGUGCCUUGGCGUUUUACCUGCCAUGCCUUGCUGUUGCUGCUCUGCCUGAAGCAGUGCAUGGUUGUCUUAGCAGCUGCUUACCGCCCACCCCGGCCGAACCCCAAAACCGCUGAGGCUGCACCGCCACUUAGCCCCGACACCCUCAGCAUCGCCCAGGAGAAAACCGUGGAGGCCGCCUUGCAAUUCGUCGUGACCUUGGGCCUUUGCCCGUAUCUCCUGCCUGGAGUCGGGCUUCCCCUGAGAUGCAGGACAGAGUUCAGCGCCCUGGUUCAAGACGUGGUCUCCCCUGGCUGCCUUUCCGAUGCCACGCGCAAGCUUUACGCCACCUGCACUGGCCUGCUGGAGAUUGCUCGGCACCCAUCUCUGGGCGGCCUCGUUCUCACGCGCCACCUUGGGGAUCUCCUAGCUGGGUUGUGUCAGCUUGGGUUCUGUCCAGCAAGGAGGAAGGGUGAAGAAGCGAAGCCGCAGGAAGAGCUGGCGGGCCUUACCGAAGAGGAGCGCGCCGGCUGCAAGGAGGCGCUGCGAGGCCUUCUGGGCAGAGUUUACCAGCCGCUGGUGGUCCGAGAGCUGCUGCUGCUUCAAGGUGGACCCAAGCAGGGCUCCCGUUCCAGCGGGCAGGACGGUGAGCGCCGUCUGGCUCUGGCCCCUGCCUGGCUUCGGCGCCUCUGUGGGCAGCUGCUCUCCGAGGUGCUGAUGAGGCCCAGUGGGGUCCAGGCUGUGGUCCGUGGCAUCCUGGAGGGAGCAGGAGCCGGGGCAGCGGGAGGCAGCAGUGCUGAAGCUGCAGCAGCCGACUGGCAGAAGUGCGACAUGGUGGCCAAGAUCCUGUCCUCCUGUCCUCAGCAGUCUCUGUCCUUGGAGGAUUAUUAUCGACAGGUGUGCCCACAGGUUUUGCAGCUGUUCCUCAUUCAGGAUAAGCUGGCAGCUCGUCAGUUCCAGCGAGUCGCCACCACGACCGUCCUCAGCAUGGCGAGGCAGCACCCAGAGCAGGCAGAGAAGCACCUGCUGCGUCCCAUGCUGGAGCCGCUCCGGCGAUGCUUAGAUGCGGCAGAAACAUCUCUGGACGACCUGCCAGCAGGGAAGGUGCUGGUGAAAGAGGAGGAGCUCAGCUUGUGUGUGGAAACUGUGUUUAAGGUAUUUGUGGUUGGCGGUGAACCCUUGGCUGUACUGAUGGAUUCGUUGCAGCGUGUGCUGGGAGUCAUCUUCUCUCUCUGGUGUUUCGCCAAGCAGAACGUGUCUUUCCUACGCACCCCAUGCCAGGAGAUCCUGCUGUGGUUCUUAGAGAAGCGUGAGCGACGGGCGGCGCUGGAUGUCCUGGAUGGGCUCGCGAGGCUGGGAGGAGCCUCCUGCUUGCCCCACCCACUCUGCCAGUUUCAAGCGGCCAGUGAAGGGGGGGCCACGGCCACCGUCACGGAGGCUGCCAGCGAUGAAGACGAGUCUCUCUAUCAGAAGGUUUCUUCCGAGCAGCAGCAGCUGGAGCAGAUGGUGGACCUGCUGUCUCACUGCCAGAGCAGCGGCUUAGCCGGAGAUUUCUUCCUGCGCUGCUUAAAGGAGCUGACCGACGUGGCCGGGCAAGGGGCUUCCCCAGAGGGGCCUGCCGCUGCCUCCCCCGCGAAUCCUCUGGACCUGCAGCAGUGCCACGGCCCCUCCAUCGCGCAGCAGGAGAGGCGCCUGCGGGUGCUGCAGCUGGUGGCCCUGCUGUGCGAGAGCAUCUCGGACGCGCUGUUUACAGACAUUGCCCAGGUUGUAGAAUUUGUGGCGGCGACUCUCCAGCGGGCUUGUGCGAGCCUCGCCUGCAGCCCCAGGGGCACAGUGGAAGCCCAGACGCUGAGCAUGGCUAUGGGGCUUGUGGCGGCCCUCCUAGGCGGGGCUGUGCAGCUGAAAGCGGCCGACUUUGCCCUCCUGAAGCGGCUGGUGCCCCUGCUGGGGGACAUCUCCCGAGUUCACCCGGAGCCCGUCAUCCAGGAGCUCGCCGGCGACCUGCGCAUCGCCAUCUGCACCCACGGAGCCUUUGCCACCGAGACGGUCUCCUCCGCUGCGCAGAGCGCCCUGGGCAAGGGCCGGGCGGGGGCCCCCCGCGAAGCAGGAGCUGGCGCUAGCUGCGACCCCACAGGAAGGCCCCGAGGCGAGGGCUCCGAGCCCGAGGGGCCUCCCCGGCAGGACUCCACAGGUGGCGGUUUGCCCGCUGAGCCUGUUUCCGCAGGGAAUCGGGCUGCUGCGUCUCUUGCAGAGCUGGACUCCCCGGCCCUACGGAACCUGCGAGAGCUCCUCCUGUCAGCGUAUGACCCUGACGUCCCAGCCCGAGUGGCUGCCUUGCGUGGCCUUUCCCACCUGGUGGAGCAGCGGGAUCGCGAGGCCCUGAAGAUUCGAGAGCAGCUGCUGAAGGUGUUCAUGGAAAACCUGGAACACGAAGACUCCUUUGUCUACCUUUCUGCUAUCCAAGGUGUUGCCCUGCUGUCGGAUGUGUCCCCGGAGCGAGUGCUGCCCUGCCUGCUAGCCCAAUAUGGGAGCGCUCAGCCAGGCCCACGGGAAACGCAGGCCACCGAGACCAGGAUGAAAGUGGGGGAGGCGCUGAUGCGCAUCACACGGGCGCUGGGAGACCUGGUCUUCCCACACCGAGACGGCCUGUUCCACGCUUUCCUGCGAGGAGCCAGAGAUCCUGACAGCACCCUCAGGGCAAGCAGCCUCUCCAAUCUGGGCGAGCUUUGCCAGAUACUUGGCUUCCAGCUAGGCUCCGUGCUCCAUGAGGUGACCUCGUGUCUGGCUGCGGUGGUGAAGACCGACCCCGAGGCUGGAGUGCGGAGAGCGGCCGUCCACGUGGUGGUGCUUCUCCUGCGUGGGCUCAGUGAGCGAGCCGUGGAGGUUCUCCGGGACGUCCUGCUGGAUCUCUACCGCCUGCUGAAGUUCGUGGUGCGCUGUGAACGCGACGCGGUCGCCGUGCUCCACGCUCAGCUGGCCUUGGAGGAGCUGGACAGCAUCACGAGGCGGUUCCUGUUUCCCCGCCAGACCUUCGAGAAGAAGAUUGAAGUCCUGCCGUAGGGCCAGCGGAUGGGAGCCGCCUGCCACCCAAGCACUGUGCCGGUGCGGGUCAGGGAGAGGGGUGGGUUGGGGGGCAGAGGAGCCUGGCGCUCUUGAUCUCCAGGGCCUCGCAAGCGCUGGUCUGCAACCAGAACAGCCCUGAGCUGCCCGCAAGCGAAACCGGGGCCCCCGUCCGCCUAGAACUUUGCUCCCGGGGACGGCUUUGGCGCUCCUUGCCACAGGGAAGGGUGGGGCAGCUUAAGGGGAUGGCGGCUGUCUUGGACCUGCUUCUGGGAUCAGCCAAUGCAAUAAAUUAAAUUCAGUGGACGAAA